UUGUUAUAAAAUAUGAAGACGAAAAUGAAGAAUGUUGGCGUGACUAUAUUGAUUUUUGUUCUGAUGGAAGUGAUAUGGUGUGAAGGGUGUUGGACGGAAGAGCGAGAAGCUCUUUGGGGUCUAAAUCCCCGUUUUGGCUUCCUUUUGUCCUUGCGGUGGGAAGGAACAGAUUGUUGUGACUGGGAAGGAGUGGAGUGCAACUCCUCCACAGGGAGAGUGGCCAAACUUGAUCUUCAAAGCCUGUGGAAUGCUAUUCCUUCAGGUGGAGGUUGGUAUUUAAGUUACGCCGAUCUUGUUGUCUUCAAAGAAUUGAAGAGUCUCAACUUAAGGGGUAUUUAUGGGAUAUUAGACUGUGCGGACAGUGAAGGGUUGAAAAAUCUGGAAGUCCUUGACUUGAGUGAGAAUGGUAUGAGUGUCAGCGACAUUCUAGUUUGUUUGAAUGGCCUUCCAUCUCUUAAGGCUCUAUAUCUAUCAUCCAACGGCUUCGAUCCAACGUACAACGGGUUCAAUACAACAUUCAACGUUUUUGAAACUCUGCCAUCAAAGUUGCUUAGAUUAGAAAUCCUUGACGUAAGUGAGAACUCUUUGACUAAUGAAAUGUUGCCAUCUCUCGGCGGAUUCACAUCUCUGAAGGAACUCUAUUUGUCUCACAAUGAAUUGGACUCAGAUAUGCAUAUUCAAGGUUUAUGCUCUAUGUUGAAGAAUCUUGAGGUCCUUGACUUGUCUGGCAACAACUUCAAUGACAGUGAUAUUGCAUAUGCUCUUAGUCAACUUUCUUCUCUCAAGUCUUUAAAUUUAGGAUACAGUGAAUUGACUCCAAGAUCAAUUCUUAAUAUAUCAAAGAUUAGGUCUCUGGAGAUUCUUGACAUAGCGGGAAACAGUUUCUCCAAUGAAUUUCUUUCAUCUCUAAGUGGGCUUCCACGUCUCAAAUCCCUUGAUUUAAGCAGCAAUCAAUUAAGAGGAUCGCUCGAUACAAGUGGAUUAUUGGCUUUAACCAGUUUGGAGAUUCUUGAUCUAAGUGAUAACAAAAUUAACAGUUUUGUUGUCCAUCAAGUUUCAGGCUCAAAAGGUCUAAGAAAAUUGGAAGCCCUUCGUUUAGAUAACAAUAUGAUAAAUGGAAGCAGACUGAGGGAAUCACUACAAUCUUUCUCAUCUAUUAGAGUGUUUUCUAUGAAAAGUAAUGAGAUUACCGGAACAAUUACUGCUGGAGAUUUUCGUGAUUUAAAAAACCUUGAACACUUGGCACUGGACUCUAAUUCUGACCUUGACAAUGAGUUUUUCAAAAGUAUUGGGGAAUUGACUUCUUUGAAAAAUUUAUCUGCUUCUACUUGUAAAAUUAAUGGCACCCUCCCUUCAGCUGAUUGGUUUAAGCUCAAGAAACUUGAAGAGUUAGAUCUAAGCCAAAAUUUAUUUGUGGGAUCGCUUCCUUCAUCUUUCUUAAACAUGACAUCUCUUCGAAAGUUGGAACUUUCACAAAAUCAAUUCAGCGGACAACUUGAUUCAAACAUUGCUAGUCUUACAUCACUUGAAUAUUUUGGUUUUACAGAAAACCAAUUUGAAGUUCCUCUUUCUUUUACACCAUUUGCCAAUCUUUCAAACCUUAAGUUCAUAUAUGGUGAAGGGAACAAAGUCAUUUUGGACUUACAACCUAGUAUGCAAACUUGGAUUCCUAAAUUUCAAUUACAAGUGCUUAAUUUGCCUUCGACAACUGAGAAUGAUUCUCUUCCGCUCCCCAGGUUUCUUCUACAUCAAAGAAACUUGACUAGAUUAGAUCUCAGUAGUUGUAGAUUGGAAGGAGUGUUUCCAAACUGGUUGUUUGAAAACAACACAAAAUUGACCGAGCUUCUUGUUAGAAAUUGCUCUUUCACAGGUGUUCUGCGGUUACCAGCACAUCCCCUUACUAACAUGAGGAGAAUUGAUGUAUCUGACAAUAACAUAACCGGCCAAAUCCCCAAUAACAAUAUUAGUUCAAUUUUACCAAAUUUGCAGUUUCUAAACCUCUCUAGAAACCUCAUCCAAGGUUCAAUUCCUAUUGAGUUUGGGCAAAUGAGCUUAAUGGAUACUUUGGAUCUCUCAGAUAAUCUUUUAUCAGGAGAGAUUCCCAAGAACAUAUCCGGAGCUGGGUCACUUCUCAAAUACUUGAAACUUUCACACAAUGAGCUAGAUGGACCUAUAUUUCCAUCUUUGAAAUACUUGGAACAGUUGUAUUUAGAUGACAAUAGCCUUUAUGGAAGCAUACCAAGUAACUUUUUUAACUCAUCUCUCCAACGGUUGGAUCUGAGCUAUAAUAAUUUAGUGGGGAAACUAUCAAGUGCGAUAGGAAAUUUGUCAAAUUUGAAGACGCUUUCAUUGUCCAACAAUAAUCUUGAAGGGUCUAUUCCGACAAAUCUAGUGGAACUUGAAUAUCUAUCGUAUCUAGAUCUCUCAAACAACAAUUUGACGGGUUAUGUGCCAUCUUUUAUUAAUGGCUCAGUGAAUUAUAUCCAUUUGAGCAACAACAAGUUAAGUGGUUUAUCCAAAAGAAUGUUCAGCGAAACAUCUUUCUUAGUGAUGCUAGACCUUGGUUACAAUGAAAUAACUGGUAGCAUUCAACAUAUGAUACAAGAUCUUGCUUAUACAAGGUUGAACAUACUCAUUUUGAAAGGUAACCGCUUUACAGGGCAUUUACCAGAGCAGCUAUGCCAAUUGGAAGAUUUGAGUAUAUUAGAUCUUUCUUAUAACAACUUCUUUGGUCCAAUACCCAAUUGCUUGGGUAAAAUGCCUUUUGUGAAUGAUGACCCUGACUCAUAUGAAGGCGUUGUUCGUAUGAAGAAUAGCAGUUGGUUUGAUCAAAUACCCAAUAUAAAAGAGAAAGCAAACUUCACUACGAAGAAAAGAUCCUACACAUAUACAGCAAGCAUCCUUGCUUAUAUGUCCGGAAUUGAUUUAUCCAAAAAUAAACUAAACGGAAGUAUUCCAUAUGAGCUUGGAAACUUGACAAGCCUUCGAGCAUUGAACUUGUCUCACAAUGAUUUGAUUGGAAAAAUUCCAACUACAUUCUCUAAUUUAGUACAAGUAGAGAGUUUGGAUCUUUCUUUCAACAUGUUGAGUGGUCAAAUUCCUCAUCAACUAAAUCAGUUGAAUUCUCUUGCUGUAUUUAGUGUUGCACAUAACAACUUAUCAGGCGAUACACCCGAGCAAAAAGGCCAAUUUAUUACCUUUGAUGAAAGUAGCUAUGAAGGAAAUUCUCUUCUUUGUGGACCUCCAUUGCUAAAAAGUUGUCAUCCUUAUAAACAAUCACCAACAAUUUCUACAAAUGAAGAAAACAAUGACAGUCCGAUUGACAUGCUUGCUUUUGGUGUAAGUUUUGUUGUGGCAUACACAUCGGUAUUGCUAGUAAUUGUUGCCACUCUCUACAUCAAUCCUUAUUGGAGACGAGCAUGGUUUUCCUAUAUGGAAUUUAUCUUCUUAACUUGUUAUUAUUUUAUGCAAGAUAGUUGGAGGAGGUUUUCAAAUUCUAGAAAUAUAAUAUAGUUUAUCUUUAUGCAUUGGAUUGUCUUGUUUCCUAAGAUUAAUUCAAUCAUAAGUUUAUUACAUAUGUAUGGAAUCAAAGUUUGUCUAUUGAGUAAAUAAUCACGUUGUUAUUCAAAGAUGUCCU